UAGAAAACUUUCAUUUCCUUUUCUUUUUUAUUAAUAACCCCUAUACGCAGUUGUUCAUGAGGCGAAAGUUUCAUUGGAGGCUCUAAGCUUAACGUUAGGUUUUAAUCUCUCUAGACUUUGCAGCCUUUGUCACUAACGUUAUACGUAUAGCGUUCAUCUUUUCCACUUUGCGAUCUACCUGCACUCCUGCUGUGGUCAGAGAGCAGCGCGGCCGCCAGAUGGCAGCAGUGAUCACUGAAGAUAACGUGUACAGCGAGGCUGAAGUGAACGGCGCGCCCCCUGCUGAUGGAGAGGGUCAAGAGCAGCUGCGCGGUCCUGAUGGAAACAUCCAGGGACAGGUGGAGGAGUUUCUCGGCCCACAUCCUGACUACGAUGAGGAGGAGGAGGAGCGCAAGUACUACAGACGAAAGAGGCUGGGAGUAGUGAAGAACGUGGUGGGGGCCAGUUGCGGAGGAAUGAUUGUCUACAGCGUCUACAUGGGUCUGUUACAGAUGCAGUUAAUUCUGCACUACGAUGAGACCUACCGAGAGGUCAAGUAUGGCACUUUAGGGCUGGAGGAUAUCGACAACAAAAUGCUGAUGGGCAUCAACGUUACACCUAUUGUCGGCCUGCUCUACACGCCGGUGCUCAUUAGAUUUCUUGGCACUAAAUGGAUGAUGUUCCUGGCAUCAGGCAUCUAUGCUCUCUUUGUUUCAACCAAUUACUGGGAGCGAUAUUACACUCUCGUACCAUCAGCUGUGGCCAUUGGGAUUGUCAUCGUUCCUCUUUGGGCAUCACUGGGAAACUACAUCACCAGAAUGGCCCAGCAGUAUUAUGAGUAUGUGAACUACAAGGACGAACAUGUCCAGGAGCAGAAGAAGCCCCCCAAAGGAGCCUUCCAUCCUUACAUCAUCAUUUUCCAGUCUGUAUUCUACAUUGUUUUCCAUCUGAGUUUCGUGUUUGCCGAGUUCCCCAUGGUGCUGUUCCUCAAUUACUAUCUGAAUGAUUACAAACACACUCUCUACAAAGUCCCUCAGUGCGGAGCCUCGGGGAAAGGGGUGAUAGAGAAUUUAAAUAAGACAGUUUUGCACAGCUUGCCUCGCUCUCUGUUGCUCAUCGAGGUCGAGAGUGUGCUCAUGGGAGCAGCCUUCCUCGCCAUGCUCAUCUUCCUGGUGUUGUGUGGAGCUGCGUAUCGGCCCACCGAGGAAAUUGACCUUCGCAGCAUUGGCUGGGGGAACAUCUUCCAGCUGCCCUUCAAGCACUUACGAGACUACCGUCUCCGUCUGCUCUGUCCCUUCUUCAUCUUCUCUGGUUUUGAAAUGCUCUUCGCUGUCCAGGGAAUCAUUCUGUCAUAUGGAGUGUGUACAGUAGGGAUGGAGAAGCUGUGGUUGUUAGUUAUGGUGUAUGGUUUGUCAUCCUCCAUCUGUUCGGGCCUGGCCCUGGCGCUGCUGCGCUUGCCCAGACAGAUUAUUCUUCUGGUGGGUGCCUUUGUGCACUUUGUGCUAAUCAUAACCCUUAUGUGCUGGUCACCCCCACCUCGAGAGCCCAGCUAUCUUCCAUAUCUGUUGGUGCUCUCCGCCCUGUGGGGUCUGGGCACUGCGCUCAACAAGACUGGACUGAGCACUCUGCUGGGGAUGCUGUAUGAAGACAAGGAGCGACUAGACUUUGUUUUUACCAUCUACCAUUGGUGGCAGGCCAUUGCCAUCUUCAUCGUCUAUCUUUGGUCUGCAUUGCCGAUGCGGGCAAAGCUUGGACUCCUGUUGCUGACUCUCAUAGUGGCAUCUUUCUGCUACGUGCAGAUGGAGCGUCGCCUGGCGAAGAGAAUUCCGUUCAGGUUGCCACGGAUUCCCCGUCCGCGACACAAGGUCAAAGGUUACCGAUACCUUGAGGAAGAAAAUUCGGAUGAAUCCGACACGGACCUGAGUGAUGUUGAUGAUGAGGAGAAAGAUGAGGAUGAGAGAGAGUUGGUUGAGGAGGACAGAAACACAGACGAUGAUUCCCAGGGUUCACCGGGACCGGAGAGGAGCAGGGUUAGGGACCGCAGGAGGAAAAACGACAACGCUGCCUACGAACAGGCUGGAGAGAGAGAGGACUAUGUCCACCACACGAGGGACUAGAAAAAGAGAGGUGAAAAGGUGUGAGGAGAUUGGAACCAGAUGAGAUGUUGGUUUAAAAUACUGAAUAGCCAGAUUGAAAGAAAAGUGAUGGUAUAGGAAACAUUUACUCUCUUUUAUAUUAAAUAAGAAUUUUUUUUUUUUCCUUUGGAAAGGAAAAGUGUGGGCCACCAAUGAGAAAAUGAAGGUCAGAAAGUGGUUCACACUGAAAAAAAGAAGUGAACCAAGCAUUUCAUCGAAAUGGGAAGUGAAAAGAGGAAACUGUAGAUACCUUGUAAGGUUAGGUGGUUUUUGUUGCCAUAGAAAUGGAUAUUCUCCAUUUUGAACUUGGUCAAGGCGAUGUGCUCGUGUUGUGUAUUUCAUUCUGAUUCCUUUCUGUGCGCUGUAUUUAUCAAAAACAUGUCGGUUUUCCUCAUUGUAACCGAAGAACCAAAGUUCUCUCCAUUUAAAAGUGUUACAUUUCAUUUUCAUUUAUGUUAUAAAACAUAUAUUUGCAAUAAACAUAAAAUAGAAGAUAUGUGAUUAAAAAUGCUGCUUUUGCCACUUUUAGAAUGUUUUUAACCAGUGUUUGAUGUGCUGGAAUGUGAAU